AUUGGGGUAGAUAAGCAUCUAUUCAACAGCAACAUUCGCUUCUCUCUGUAGCAGCUUCCCAUCUUCGCCGGUUCUCUCUGCCUCAACCAUGGCUACUGCGAAGACUGUCAAGGAUGUUUCGCCUCACGAGUUCGUCAAGGCCUACGCGGCUCACCUCAAGAGAUCCGGCAAGAUGGAGCUUCCUGAGUGGACUGAUAUAGUAAAGACUGCAAGAUUUAAAGAAUUGGCUCCAUAUGAUCCUGAUUGGUACUAUGUUAGAGCUGCCUCCAUGGCUAGAAAAAUCUACUUGAGAGGGGGCCUUGGUGUCGGUGCUUUUCAAAGGAUCUAUGGUGGGAGCAAGAGGAAUGGUAGCCGCCCUCCUCAUUUUUGUAAGAGCAGUGGUGCUAUUGCUCGUCAUAUUCUUCAUCAGUUGCAGAACAUGAACAUUAUUGAGGCUGAAACCAACGGUGGCAGAAAAAUCACUUCUAGUGGUCGGAGAGAUCUGGACCAAGUAGCCGGUCGGAUUGUGGUCGCACCUUGAUCUAUGAGAGUGCUGAGGGGGGCUAGCAUGUUGAUCCAGGUUCCAUUCUUUUCUUGGUGUAGUGACAGCGGAUUGAUUGAUGAGCAAAUUUUGGUCCUAGCAUCUGAAGUGUCUUUGAAGUUGAACAUAUUUAAUGUGAUAUUGCUUUUGGUUUUCUAAUUGAUGAUCUCACUUUCUUACUUAUAUCUUGUCCCAUUAUCAGCAUGAAAACAUUUCAAUUGGUUUUGAUGUAUCUACCAUUCAGAUGGAAAUUAAGUUUAAGAAUCAGACACUUUUCAACAUAA